AGACUAAAACGCUCUCUAUCCUUCAAGACCAUCAUGCGCAGCAAAAGCGUGGAGAACUUCUUCCAAAGGUCCUACAGCGAUGCUCGCCUGCCCCCGGAUUUCAUCACGGACCCACCGCCUCCUUCUCCCCCACUGCUGCCUGGCUCUCCUCUCGUCGGCGACCGCUCACCAUCCAUUUCACCAUCUCUCAGCCCCAACCCCUCCAUUUCCUCCCACUCCCCUUCUCUAAGCCUAUCCCCAUCACUGCCCACCAAGCCUCCCCGACCUCAGAUUACCCACUGUUUCCAGGACCAUGUGUUUCGCAAGCCCACCAACUGCCAGCACUGCAAACACAUGAUAGUGGGAAACUCCAAACAGGCUCUGAGGUGUAAAACAUGCAAGAUGGCUGCUCACCUGUGGUGCACCUCUGAACUAUCGCAGCAGCUGUGUCAUGGAAAGUCUGGAGCGUUCAAGCGAAACUUCAGCUCACCGAUGCUCGUCAAUGACCAAUUGUCUGUCGUCAAAGAGGUGCAACCAAGCCAAGAGGCUGCGCGGAUGCGUGUUGACCCCGUGUAUGCUGCCUUGCGCUACGGGACGUCCUUGGCACAGAUGAACCGCUCCAGUUUUGGCAGUUUGUCAGAGUCGCCAACACGCAGCCUGGGGGAGGGAGCUGAGGAGUGUCAGCAGAGACAGUGCAGCAUGGAGGAAGAGAUAACUCAGGAAACAGGGGAAAAAUUCUCACCAUCUCUAGAUGACCCUGUCCCCGACACCGAGAUCGAGAAGGAGGAAGACGAGAGCAUCAGCCAAGCUCAGACUCCUGCUGAGGACAGCAGUGUGAAGGUGCCCAAGCGCAUUGAAGUUCACUCCAUCCAUACUUAUGUAGCGCUCUACAAGUUUCUGCCUCAGGAGCAGAAUGACCUGGAACUACAUCCUGGUGAUCGGGUACAGGUUACUGACGACUCUAAUGAAGAGUGGUGGAAGGGCAAGAGUGGCGACAGAGUCGGCUUCUUCCCUGCCAACUUUGUGCAGAGGGUCCGGCCAGGAGAGAGAGUGUGGCGGGUCGUCCAGGGCCUUCCUGGCAACCGAGAGAGAGGGCACAUGGCCGUGAGAGAAUCCCAGAUCUGUGUGGGGAAGCUAGAAGAUGGCGAAAUGUUUCUCAAGCUGAGCAGUGGGAAGAAGAGAGGGCUGGUCCCAGCUGACUCCAUAGAGGAGAUCUGA